UACUUUGUCUAGAGGGAUAACAGAAAUCAAGUGUAGAGUUGCCCUGACCGACAUUUCGUAGGAUUUGCUUCAUUAAAAUGAAGCUUUUGCCCAGCUCCGUCAAGGAUUUGCAGGCGAGGUGGCAUUUCCCCCUCCCAGUUGGUCCGCUUCUCGCACUGGGGCUUUUGCAGAUGCCCGUUUGCAUGGCAUACAACCUGGUAAUGGCCAUCACAACGGACUUCCAGACCACCACGUAUACCUCCUGUCAAGCCUUCAACAUAUUUCCCUCUACAUCAGCGGCUGCCAGGUCUCAGCACAAAGUAUGGGCUCUGGCUUGCUGGAUGGAAUUCCCGUUUCUCGUUGCCAGUGCAUGUCUGCAGUUCCGCUUCUAUCGGAGGAAUCUGCCCAAGGCGGUGCGGAGUUUCGGCUGCCUGAUGGCCAUCUUUAUGGCUGUCAGUAGUUCCAGUAUGCUGCUAUGGGGCACCUUUGCCCAAGCAGAUGGUGACUCAUUGCUGCACACAGCCAUCGCCCUGUCGCUAUUCGUAUCGUGCGCCAUUUACAUGGCAGGUUCCUUUGUGUGCGCCAAGUACUAUAUGAGCGAAAGGAGUGGACAGCGGCAUGAGGAACUUUCCUUGCGGCUGAAGAGCAGCCUGGUGCUCACCUACUACGUCUGGGUGGUGGUCAUGUGGAUCUUUUACUUUUUACACCAGAAGUUUUGCUUUCCCUUGGCGUACUCCGUGUUCGGUAUGGGCGAGUUCAUAUCCUGCGAGUGCUUCUGUAUUUAUCUGUGCAUGGCCUACUUUGACUUCUACCACGUAUACAUAUGCUACGAUCAACGUUUGGGAUUCUUCCUCAGCGAGAUGUGAACAGUUCCCAAUUGCUUAUGAAAUAUGCGCACCAGGUCGUCCAGACUGA